AUGUCCUCGAGGUUGGGGUUGUCCAAGGAACGUUCUAAAGCAAAAUAUAACUUUACGGCAUCUUUGAACACGAUGGAGCCGCUGGCGGCACCUGCUAAGCAAGUGUUUAGAUUAGGGAGAGACGAAGCGCACCAACAACGAAAACUCGCCGUAGGAAAGGAACUUCCGACAUGUCACCCGGCACGCCAAAAAUUGACGUUCGAGGAAAAGGUGAACUCGACAUUCGCGGUUUGUCUCAUUAGGCCUGUCAAAUGGACAUUACGGACGGCUCCGAACGUUACGCAAGCUAGUCGAGGUGCUAAUGUUGGGCUGUCUACUUCAAGGAGUCGUCAGACUCGUCACUGCCUUACGCCGCGGCCGCGACUUACUUCCUUCCCUCAACGUCUCGUCUUCUUCCCAGUCUUGGUCCGUUCCCCCGUCACAAUCCAGAGUCCAAUCAGCGACUGCAAUGGGGAUAUCAUAGCCAGAUCCAGCCAAAACCCUCUUUAUAACUUGAACCUCUUCGACGUCAAGGAGGACAUUGGCUGCUUGAGGAAAAGUUGGGAUCUUGGGAUCCAGUGUCCGACUCAGACUCCGAGGGCUCCCACCCACGCCGAUUCAAAGCCGCCCAUUUCCCGGGACCAUGCGAAGAUGUUUGACGAAUCCAAAUUCUUUGGCUACAUGACACCUGAGCUCUGCACGCUCCUCCUUGACAUCAGCGAGUAUGGGCUCGCCAAACCUCACCCUACUGAAACCGGUAUUCCAGUAGGCCCGCGCUUCUACAUGAAGUAUCUGUCCGAGGUUUGGUUCGUCCUUUUUGUGUCGGGGUGCAGGGAUGGGAUUACCGGCUACAGCCCAGAAAUACCAGACAUUGAGGACUUGGAUGAAGACGAGGACGCGUAUGGAGAACAGGAAGCUGAGGGGAUUGCACGUGAAAAAGUAUUGGCCGAGGAUUACGACGUGAAGCUCUGCGAGGAGAAAAUUGAGUUCCUGUCUGGUCCUGUGUUGACCCGAGAGAGAAUAAGGGCAACUAAAAGGGAUCUCAAGGACAUUUAUGAGACAGUCGCCAAUUUACUAACAAAGACGUUGAAGGGCAUAAUCAACAUCUAUCAUGCCAACACGAUCACCAACCACACACCACCCGUGUGCCCAAACCCAACACAUCCUCCAUCAGCAGCACGUGCACGGAUAACACGUAAUGGGGUCGAAGACUCGGAACUCGACAAAGCCAAAGUCAACAUCGCCGGGGUUGAAGAUGAAUUCACGGCAGCAGAGAGUAGAGGUUGUGUUCUGAGCCCAACUUUUCUGAAUCUCAACUUCCUUUCACCUCAUUCAGCCCCACGGAAAGGCAUUUCUCCCUCAGCUGCCACUGCGUCCACCAGCGCAUGA